UCCGACUCAUGUCAAUGACCUUUCUGCAUUCCGUCAUGGGCGCCUCAGCAUUAUAUGAAGCGCCUUAACAUCCUGCCGAAACAGACAGAAUCUUGCAGGGUAUGUUGUGUUUGUCCAGCAAUCGCAUUUGAUCAGAGUGCUUUUUAGAAGCUUGCAAGCCACGCAUUCGAUUGUGAGCUUCAAUGCCAAUUGCGGUCAACAGUGGCAGAAGUCAGCCGCAGAGGUUAGAAGACACGAACCCGUGCUUAAUGCAGCAACAGAACAAUCGAAGGCACUCUCCACCACUAUGCCAUCACAGCCCCCCUGCAGAGAGUGCUUGUUUGCAGCAUCACCAUAAGCAGCCCCCCCUGUGCAAGUAACUCGUUCUAGUAGAGAGCUGCACAGAAAGUAGACAUCUCGGUAUGUUCGAGCCAGAAGCUGCAUAGAACAUGCUAAAACAACCUGGAAGGAAGUUCUGCAGAAUAGUUACUAGACCACGGGGGUGGCUUUGUAUUGCAGUCACCCAAAGCUGAAGCAGUCAAAUAAGUGGUGUUGUUCUCUCCAUGGUGCACCAGGCUGCAGCUCACGCCUCAACUUGUUCAAAUUCCUUUAGUCAGCUUUCAACAGCAGUUCCUUCAUUCUUUCAAGGUUUGGGACUCCAGCAAACACCUUUUAACUUGCUUUAGACAAAGGCUGGGUCCAACAUCACUAUGGACCUCGCAAUGGAGGACGUGAAGGUGAAUGAAGAACCAGGCAACGGGUUUGCGGCUGCGUCCUUUGCGAGGGGUGCAGAGGCAAGCACCAGUGGAAUGGAUGAUGAAGAUGACCCGAUCGCCAGGGAGAUUGACGUUUUUGUGAAGCCCCAGCUCGAUGGGACAACUCAGCUGUACCUGCUGCAAUACCCAUUACGACCAUUCUGGCGGCCAUACAACCUUCAGGAGCGGUGUCAGGAGGUGCGGGUCAAGAGCCAGCAGGCCAAGGUGGAGGUCGACCUUGAGGUGGACGUACACAGCGACAACUACGACCAGAGUGCCUCCGAGGCGUUGCGGAUCAAGAAGCAGACGUUGUCUUCGACGCACAUGGACCUGCAUGCAAACUAUGCCAUUGGUUUACUGAGAGGAAAUCAGCUCCAUUUGAGCCCCCUGCACGCCGCCGUCCAGCUGAAGCCCUCGCUGCGGUAUCUAGACGCGGCUGACGAGGCGCGCAAGAAAGAGGCGGCGGCCGAUGCGGCUGCGGCAGAGGACGGGGACCGGAUGGAGGAGGACGAAGGGCAGCCGGAUAUGAUGCCCGUGCAGGUGCAAAUCCGGCGGCGAGAAACGGAGCGUCAGGAGGAGAACCGGCUGUCGUCGUACGCGUACUUGAAGCAGAAAGACGAGUCAGAGGAGUGGGUUCCCCUGCGGCCGUACCUUGCAACAAGUGUGGAGGCCCACCGUGUCCGAGACAAGAUGCUCGCCUCCAGCGACCAGCGAAUAACAUUCGACCAGCCGCCGGAGAAGUACAUUGCUGACGUCACCCCUGGGCGGUCGCUGGCGGCGCCGGCGUCAUACCAUCCCGAGGACGGCCUGGAGACCGACGAGCUGUCGAGAAGUCAGCUGGAGGCGCUGAAUCUGAGCGACCGAUUCAAGCUGCUGUUGACAAAGGGCGCGAUUCAGGUGCUCCAGUUCGACCGCCUGCUGAAGCUCGCGCCCUCGGACUCGACGGAGGCGGAGGUGCUCACAGUGCUCAAGAACCACGCCAUGCUCGUGCAGGGCUGCUGGGUGGCGGGCAGUCAUUUGCGCUACAAGAACAUCCCCGUGGUGAGCGGCCAGCAGGCGGUCGAGAAGAACGCGCUGUCCCUGGUUCGGGACUUCUUCCUCCUGCUCUUUACCAAACAUCGUUUCAUCAAGCGGGACGAAAUCGACAGCCUGCGCAUUCCAAAGAGCAUGGUGAAAGAAAUCAUGGCCGGUAUCGCCACGCAAAGGAUGUCACCUCCAGGAUGGGACUUCAUCGAACCUACGGACCGCAUCUUCAUGAAGAAACACAAGGAGGUGGUGGAGGACCAGGUGAAGCGGUGGGCGACCGCCGAGGAAGUCAUCCGCACCAUGGUCGCCGAGCUCGACCUCCCUGACGUCACCGUCCCGGAAGACAACGUCAGCUCGCCCGGGCCGCGCGCGCUCGCGCUCCUCCCGGCGCCCAAGCACGAGCACGAGGCCAACUACGGGUUAGGCGCUAACCCGCGCGAGUUGGACGGGCCGGAAACCAAGGUCGCGCACAAGGGGACCAUGUCGCAGCAAACCAGGGUUAACUUGAUCCAGGUUUUGCGGGACAUCUUCGGGAAGCACGGGGUGUGCAGCCUAGAGUUUUUGCGCAGCUGUUUGGUGGAGGUCGCGAAGGGGGGGGGCGUGCCGGGGAAGAAGCUGAGCGAGGGGGAGAAGCAAAGGGUGGCGGCCGCGGGACAGGCCGUGGCUGCGCCCCCACAGGAAUUGGCGCUUGUCGUGGGCCUCGUGGCACGCCAGAUCCAGGGCGUCUACGUGCUGACGUCACUGGGCAAGGCCGAGGUGGACCCCUUCCGGAAUGUCGUCAUCCAAGCGCUGAUCGCCCGUCCGACGCUGCGCAAGGGCGACGUGCUCGAGGCAGCGAAGCUCGCGCUGAAGUGCGACGUUCCGCAAACGGUGUACACUCGUGUGCUCAAAGAGCUGUGCAUGUCCCGAGGGGGAGUGUGGGUGCUGCGCCCGGGGGACGGAACGUAGGCAGAGCAGGGUGCUCGAGUCGCACUUUUGGGGGGGUUUCCAUGAUAUCCUGUUUUUGGAGGAUUGGUUGCUGGUAUCGUCCUUGAACCAAGGGCUGUUAAUCUUGCGUGGGCUAUGCUGAUUGGUGGAGGAGGACGCAGAGAUGCUCAGGAAGUCUCGUUUAUGAUCAAUAAGCAGACUGAUUUGAAAGUGACUUGACGGAAAACACGCUAUAGCUUGCUCACUUCUUUGUACAAAUAUGCGGAAUCUGCGCCCACAAUCUGGAAGCAUGCAUGCGGUGGCACACGUAGCUCCUAAGCUGCGUGCGGUGCAGACAGUCAUGCAUAUUUUUGAUCGGACUCAAUUUGAACUUAUAUGUUGACAG